AGAAGUCAUUUCUAAUCCGCGAAUAUGGCUUGGCAGUCGCCCAAACAGGGAUCCAUAUUCGAACAUCUCGGAUGAGUCAUGAGAGGAACUCCUUGGCUUAUUCAUUCCCUCCAGCCAACGUGCCCAAUUAGCUAGAACAAAGAUUUUGUGUAAUAAACAGUAUCGAUACACAGAUUGAGGCGAAGAACUUUGGAAGAGCCUCUGGUUCUUUAGGGCUUAUUUUCACUCUGGAAAGCACCCCGAGCUUGGCCGUGGCUCAAGGUUAUGCUUCUCACCCUAGCCCUUGACUACAUUAGUGGAAUCAGAAAAUACUUGACUUGACUUCUUAAAAACAAUACCCCAAGAUUUAUUACAUCAUGGUUCGAAAAGCUAAUCAACCGAAGAAUGGCGUGGACCACAAUACAUUAGACCACAAAAGAAGAGGUUCAAGCUCAGGGUUUAAUCCAAAAAUUAUGAGAGGGCGGGGAAAAGCAUGUGAGGUGAAGGUUUUUCCUGGAGAAGAACUCCCAAAUGGCAACCAAUCAAGCAACUUUGUGGAGUGUGCAAGUAAAACCUAUUAUCCUGGAGAUGAGAAGAAGAGUAUAAAAGAAUCAGAAAAUCUUUUAAGGGAAGAGAAGCAAGGAAUGGAUGCAAUGCAAGGUCCAGAGCAACCGAUAUCCUCUGAAAGUGAUUUAGCAGGUUGUAUGCAAAACAUUGGAGCUUCAACUGAACAAGAAAAUGGGAUAUUACAUGCUAACCAAUGUCAAAAGCGUACAAUAAGUAGCCUGGCGUUCUUGUUUAAUGGGUUGAAUAUUAAAAAUGUGAUGGACAAAGUUAAGCUUUCAGAUAAUUUGGUGCUUAGAAGCUUUAGGGCAUCUGCGUUGUCAGUCUUAAAGGCAGCUAGCGAAUGGCUAGAUAGGCAAAGACCAUUGCUCAUGACUUUCAAAACCAAAAUAUUGAAUGCUCGUGACUACACUAGAAUGAAGAUUGAGCAAGUGUAUCCCAUUGUUUUGAAAUGGCUCCUGCAGUUUGGGAGCAUAAUGCUUCUUAUAUCAAUGGUUUGGUUAGACUGUUUUCUUAGAGGCAUUGAUUCCUUCUUACGCAUGGGGACAACAGCUUUCUUCUCCGUUUUAUGGUUCAGCAUUUUCUCAGUAAUUGCUAUGGUUGGGCUGCUCAAAUUUCUUAUUGUCUUGGCUGUAGCUGCUCUUAUUGGAGUUUUUGUCGGGUUCACUCUUGCAAUUUUGACUGUUGCCGUUUCUGGAACUGUUUUCUUAUGGUUUUAUGGAAGCUUUUGGACAACAGCACUUGUCAUCUUUCUUGGAGGGUUGGCAUUCACAUCGAGCCAUGAACGUGCUGCACUAUUAAUCACCACUGUGUAUUCCGUAUAUUGUGCUUGGGCAUAUGUUGGAUGGCUUGGUUUGCUUAUCGGUUUGAAUUUCUCUUUUAUUUCGAGUGAUGUUUUGAUAUACUUCCUAAAGAAUAAUAUGGAUCGACAUAGAAGACCAAACAGGUCCCCAGAACAAGCAGCUGGGAUGGAAGGUCAAUCAGGCUUCUUUAAUGGUAGCACAGAGCAUGCCUCAACCUCAGAAACUGACCCAGGGUUAUCAACUGACCGUAGUCCAGGAGUUCCCUCAACCAGUGGGGCUGAUUCUGAGGUAACUUCUGAAGAAGAAGUGGUUCGCUUGUUAAACUGCAUUGAUCACUACUCGGUGUUGGGUUUAUCCCGGUAUGAGGACAUAGAUGUUUCUCUACUCAAACGAGAAUAUAGGAAGAAGGCAAUGUUGGUUCAUCCUGAUAAGAACAUGGGUAAUGAAAAGGCCGCAGAAGCUUUUAAGAAACUUCAAAAUGCAUAUGAGGUUCUUCUAGAUAGUCUGAAGCGAAAAGCAUAUGAUGAUGAAUUAAGAAAGGAGGAGCUGCUGAACUUAUUCCGUAGGUUACAAACUACUACUCAAAAGAAUGGUGGGCAUGGUUUCUUUGCCUCGGGAUUUGCACGCUCAGAGGCUGGUGGUGAGGAUCCUUCUGGAGAUUCAAGGCAAAUAACCUGCAAAAAGUGUGGCAACUAUCAUGUCUGGUUACACGCCAAGAAAUCAAAAUCUCGAGCACGAUGGUGUCAGGAUUGCAAAGAUUUUCAUCAGGCAAAAGAUGGUGAUGGAUGGGUUGAACAGUCUUCCCAGCCCUUCUUUUUUGGACUUCUGCAGAAGGUAGAUGCUCCUGUUGCAUAUGUUUGUGCUGAUAGCAGGAUAUAUGAUGCUACUGAAUGGUAUAUCUGUCAGGGAAUGAGAUCUCCAGCCAACACCCACAAGCCAAGUUUUCACGUGAACACGAGUGUAACCUCCAAGCAUAGCAGUGGAAAGGGGACAAGUUCAGGACAAAAAGGUGGUCGUAUGCCUGCAUCUAAUAUGGAAGAGAGCAUGACAGAGGAAGAAUUCUUGGAGUGGUUACAAAAUGCGGUGCAAGCAGGCAUGUUUGACAAUUUCAGUGGCAGUACCUCCUCCGAAAGCCCAUCUGGCAGAACUGGAAAUGGCACCAAGAGUAGUGGCAGUGCCACCAAGAGAAAGAAAAAGGGGAAGAAGCAAUGGUGAUUGCUCGUCAUUUUCGAUGCACAAUCAUUGUAAGCAUUUGUGAGUUCGUUACAGAAGGUUUAUUGACUUGAGUGGCUUAUAGUCUUUCUUUUCUUAUCUUCUUUUUAAGAAAAUGAAGGCCUGAGAAAAGUAUGGCCCCCGUUAAUACCUGCUAGCAUGAGUUAGAGUCUUCUUGAGCCUCCUUGCUGCAAAAUUUGUAUAUUGUUUGAAUUUUCUCUUCAUUGUCGUUUUCUUAGUUGUCUUUUCCACCCCUUAUGGUCGUUGAAUGCUUAGUCUUGUCAUUCUUUAGAGUUAUGAAAGUAUGAAUCCUACAAAACAUGGAUCAUUUUUCACGGUGGGAUGAGAUCUUGCAUACCUACUUUCUUUUAAGGGACUUUUACUUACUGGAUUAUUUACGGAUAUGGGUCUUAUAUGAUAGACCCCAUAUUUUUUAUUUCUUCGUUUGGAUGGAAAAUGCGCAAAAGAUAAAAUGGCUGUA